AUGGCCGCGAAGGAGAUCACCGUUUUCGGCUUCGCAAGUGUGAACAAGGACAUCACAGAAAGUAUCAGGAAGAUCAUUGAGAAAUCUUCCAUCAAAUUUAUUUGCGGAAUUAAGCUCGACACCAAGAGUGGUAAAACAGAAGACCGAAUCCUGGUGCUGGCGACAUGGCGUCUCUACUUUCUAGCGCCCAAGAUUCCUGCCAAGGUUGAAUCCACUUUUAACUUCUUGGAAAUCCGAGCUUUGAAUUCACACCCGGAUCACCAGGUCAUUAUCGACACUGACAAGUCCACCUGUUGCCUGAGGUUUGAGUCACGUGAUCACCUCAACCAUGUCGUCAGCCACAUCAACUACGCACUGUCGCGGAUAUUCAGCAACUCUGUGUUUGCCCCGUCUAUCUGUCACUCGGACAGUGAUCUCUCCGAUGGCAGCAGAAAGUAUUCCCCCAGCUCAGAGACGUCAGUGGAAACCCAGCGGGCGUGCGGAGGCUUUUCAGAAACCUAUGCCGCGCUGUGCGACUAUAAUGGCAUCAGCUGCAAGGAGGAAGUGCAGUGGGACGUGGACACCAUUUACCACUCCCAGGACAAUCGUGAGUUUAACCUGCUAGAUUUCAGCCACUUGGAAAGCAGGGAUCUGGCGGUUAUUGUCGCGUCGGUAGCGUACAACACGUGGUUCACUAAGCUCUACUGCAAAGACCUGCGCUUGGGAUCAGAGGUGACAGAGCAGGUCCUGCACACGGUCAGCAAAUCAUCCAGCUUGGAGGAGAUCACGCUGGAGAAUGCUGGGUUGAAAUCAGACUUCCCACAGAAGAUGUCGGUCGCUCUCUCAGAGAAUCCCGCCGCUGUCAUCCACUCACUCAACCUGGCCCACAACUCUCUGGACAACCAAGGCGUCGCCAACCUAAUCCAGCAGAUGUGUCGUCUCAGCAAGGGUCUGCGACAUCUCAACCUCUCCAAGACUUCUCUCACCUCCAAAGGUGUGGUAUCACUUUCAAUGGCACUGAACUCUAGUGACGAGUACUCCAACUCGCUCCUGCACCUAGACCUGAGCAAGAACCCCGGUGUCCUGUCUGGCGAUGACGCCUCGAGCUUCUAUCUCUUCUUGUCUCAGCCCAACUGCCUGGUGCAUUUGGACCUAUCGGGCACAGAUUGCUCUGUGGACUCACUAUUUGGUGCUCUGCUGAGGGGCUGUUGCGCAGACCUCUCCUUUCUGAAUCUUUCCAAAAAUUCCUUCUCCCACAGAAAAGGGAAGGACACGCUACCGUUGUUCCGGCAGUUCUUCAGCUCCGCCUUCAGCCUGACCCACGUCAGCCUGGCUGCCAUGAAACUACCCCCUGAGGUCCUUAGGGCUCUCCUCGCAGGCUUAACCUCUAACCCUCACAUUAACGACCUUCACCUGGACAUCAGUGGCUGUGAGCUUCGAUGUGCAGGAGCUGCCGUCCUUCAAGAGCUCUUCCCCAGAGUCUCUUCCAUCGCUACUCUAGACAUAUCAGACAACGGUUUGGAUGCAGACUUGCUCACGGUGCUGCCCGCCCUCUCCAGACACCCCUCGCUGAAACACCUUCAUCUCGGCAAGAAUUUCAACAUCAAAAACAGGGUUCUUGACGAAGUCCUGCAGAAGUUGGUGCAGCUCAUUCAAGAAGAAGAAUGUGCCCUACAGACACUGUCGCUGACCGACUCACGCCUCCGUUCCCGGGGUACGGUGUUGGUCAACGCCCUAGGGAGCAACACCUGCCUGAGGAAAGUGGACCUCAGCGGCAACAACAUGGACGACAUUGGAGCCAAGAUGCUGAGCAAAGCCCUGCAAAUCAACACCACGCUUCGGAGCGUGACAUGGGAUCGCAACAACACCUCCGCAGCAGGAUUUCUUGAUGUGGCCAGAGCACUCGAACAUAAUUUCACCCUGCAGUAUAUGCCUCUACCCCUGAGCGACAUCAGCCAGGCGUACCGCAGCGCCCCUGAGAGGACCGAGCAGGCAUUGACCAAGAUCCAACGGGCCCUGGUGAGGAAUAACCAGACUCAGCGCUUCUCCCAGCGUCAGGCUCUAAGGCUGCACCAAGGCCUAGUCACCAGCACGGCUGAGCAGGUAAUGGAGCGUCUGUGCGCACGCGUCCAGCAGCAGGUGUGCAUGCUACGAGGCGUAGGAGAGGCAGAUGACAUUCAAGCUGCCAAACAAGUACUGAAGGAGGCUCGAAAUUCCCGCGCGCUUUAUCCCUCCCUGUGCGAACUGGCCCACGUGCUCUCCGUGGACGGGCCAGUACGCCAGCGUCUGGACUCGCUCGCUGGUGAACUCGCCAAAGCCGCUGACAAAGAGCUUCAGGUGAUCGUCGAUUCAAUGGUGUCCCUCUGCCGCGAACUCUGCCCCCUGUCGUCUACGGCGGCAGAGCAGCUGACGCCACCACUCUCAUCUGUCUCCGAGCACGUGUCCGUUCCUCGCACUGCCAUUCGCUCUGCUCUGAUGGAAAGAGCAGCGCAAGACGUCCAUCGUGCCUUAGAAGAGGUCAAACUGUCUGUGGUCUCCUAUCUCACCAACUCUAUCGUGGACCAAAUCCUUCAGGAGCUCUACACCACCCACAAGACGCUGACCCGGCAGGUGUCUCAUCUAAAACGCUGGGAUGGGUCUUGCGAAGAUGGUACAGGCUGGAGGUUCAACCGACACCGGGACUCUCUAGAUAUCACUGAGGAGGAGCUCGGCACCUGUAUAGAUACAAUAGCCAUUAAGAAGCGCAGUUCAAGAACAAGACGAAUACGACCUGUCUCCACCAGGCUGAGUCUCUGCGACGACUCCAGCUCCUCACCGCCCCCAUCCAUCCCUUCCUACUCCACACCUCUAUCGCGCUCGGUCUCCUGGGAGGGUCUGUCUGAGUUACCCACACAGGGUCUGCCCCUCCACCACGUCACCAGGGUCCGCCCGAGACCUCCGCGCAGGCACAAAGGAGGAUAUCAACCAGCAGAGACACAGUGUAGUGAAAAUGGAGGCAUAAGCCCUCUGGAUGAUGGACUGCCAGAUUUCUAUACUAAAAGAGUCCUUCCCGAUAGUCAGCUCUCCUCCCUGCACACCACUCACUCACUGAGGAGGAAGAAGCGGAGAAAUGUACUGGCCAUCUUUGGGUUCCGCAGAAACCGCAACCAGACGCUGUCCAACCAGGAGUCGGACGCUGAAUUUUAUGGCGAUCAUGCUGUUGCUACAGCACCCUCGGGGAUAGCCACAGAGAACGUGUACACGCUCCUCCAACCUCCGAGGUCUGCUGCUAGGGUGGAGUCUCCUGGGGACGGACCAGAUGGAAAGAACACUCUGGUUCUGAGUCCCCCGCCGCCAGUGCCAGGCAUUCCUCAUUCAGGCAUUGGAGGAAACAAGCACCCCUUUUACUCACCCACUGAGAUCCAUUCUGAAGUAGACACGGUGCCCGCCGAGCAUCAGCCUACGGAGGCAGACAAGUACUGGGCAGAUGACAAGCAGAGGACCAGUGAGGUGUUGCUAGCCGAGGAUAUGUGGAUAGAAGGUAGGCCGGGCGAGCGCCACGUUGAGAGACGGCGCUCAGACGAGAAGCUGGGAGAAGCCUGGACCACUGACAGACAAAUGGACAGACAGUGGACCGCUGAGAGACACACACAGUGGCAGAUCGACAGGAAGAUGGAGAGACAGCGGUUGGGCGGCAGACAGAUAGACCGCUCGUGGUCAGAGAGUAAGCAGACGGACUUACAGCUGGACUCCCAGUGGACGGACAGGACCACGUGGAAGACAGAUAGACAAGUCCAGGGUCUUUAUUUCGGGCAAAGGCCGUUGCCGCCUUACCCUUUGGAUAGGACGCCCUCGCCCAAACAGGAAAUGAGCAUGGAAGCGGACAUACAAGGGGAAAGACAUGUCAGUCCAGAUGCUUGCAUAGAAGGGUGGAGGAGUGGUUAUGCCGGACGUCCGGGCUCCUGCGUGGCGAAACCCGAGCCUCCACCGCAAAGUAGCAAACCUAACUUGUCCAAACUGAGGCAAAGGCAUCGACUGGAAAGCUCGGAAACGCUGCCUGAGGAAGAUGACAAUGGCGAAAGGAUGGAAAAGAAAGAUCGGGAGAAAAGAAGAGAUCUGGAGUCUCAACCUCCACCAAUUCCUGAAAAGCCGAGGACAACGUCGUACGUGAGUUUCCCGAAAGAACCGCCUCCGGAGAGGAGUCUGCCCCCUCCACCCUUGCCCCCUCCCUUCAGCAGGCACGGGCUGCCAGACAGAGCCGCCAGUCAAGGCGACGAAGGAUCGAGGCCUCAAGCACCCAUAAAGCCCCAAAGGAACCGGAAAGCCAUGUCUUGUGACGCAGGCACGGACAGGGACAGCCCCAAUAGCAUUGAGAAGCUCCCAAAUCGCAAACCCCCUGAGAAAAAGCCUAGGCUGCCCCAAAACAGAAAUAAGUCGUUGGACUUGUCUGACAGCUUCAACGCAGUACCUGGUCACAGCGAGUUGGUGUGA